GUCUGGUCUCUGGGCGCCGCCCCACGACCACCUCCACGGCAUCCCCCUUCCCGCCACCGCCGCCACCGCCGCCACUAGCACCACUCGACUCCAGUCCUCCGCCUCCACGUCGACGCUGUUCCCCGGCCUCACCCUCAGCCGCCGCCGCCCCCUCCCGGUUCCCCGAGCCGAGCAGACUGCACGCCCCGUUCCUCACCUCGGUCGUGCUCAGCUGCUGCUUCCGCCACCAAUGGCCGCCGCCGCGUCGGCGAAGCAGGUCACCAGGAGGGACUUCCUGGAGGCUCUGCGGGAUCUGGCGGCCCACGUGAAGGAGUGCGACUACGUGGCUAUCGCGGCGCUGAAGACGGGCGCCCCCACCGGGUGGCGACGCGCGCUGCCGGUCGACACGGCGGAGACGGCGUACCUCAAGGCCAAAUUCGCGUCCGAGUCCUUCCAGCCUCUCCACAUAGCCGUCUGCCCGUUCCGCCUGGGCUCUGCCUCCGGCUCCGACGUUGUCGCCUACCCGUACAAUUUCCACUUGUUUCCCAGAGAUGAACUACAGCUUGGAAUGCCUUCUUAUAGUUUCUCCUGCCAAUCAUCUUACUUUUCAUCGAUGGCCCGUGAUGGUUUUGAUUUUAAUAUGUGCAUUUAUGAUGGUAUAUCUUAUCUAUCAAGGGUGCAAGAAUCCUUGGCUAGGCAAAAGACUUUCACCCCUCAUCUUCAGCAGCCAUCUCCAUCAGCAAGUGCAUCCGUUGCUGAUUCAGUUUUUACAACUAGAAUUAAGUCGAGAAUUCAGCAUUGGCAUAAAAGAUGUGCAGAACCCAGUAAAACAGCUGAUGGAUCUUUAGUUAGUUCUCUCAGGGAACUAAUCAUGGGCAGUGAAUCAUAUGGUUCAAGGCCCAGUAUGACCAUCGAUGUUUGCAGUGAUCGCCAAGUUCAACUUGUUUUGGAGACAGUAAAUGGUACCUCUGGUGAUCUUGUACCUCUUGUUGUUCCGGAUAAAGGUGGGGUGCCUAGGGCUGUGCGUGUGAUCUUUACUAGUUCUGCAGAGGAUAAAAAUCUUCUCCUGAUGGACAUCCAAAAAUUGGAAGAUGAGCAGAAUUUGAAGUUUCGCGGAUUUCGGGAAGUUAUUGAUCUAGUAGCAUCUUCAGAGAAACCAAUCAUAUCAUACAAUUGCUUGAAUGACCUAACAAUGAUGCACACACAAUUUAUUGCGCCUCUUCCGCCGAACUUGCAUGAAUUUAUGUGUUCUUCGAGGCUGGUUUUCUCUAGUGUUGUUGAUAUUGGCCACUUGUGGCGAGAAAUUAGCCCUUUGAGAAAAGCGAAGAAUAUACAAGCGGCUCUGAGUUACUUACAGAGACAGUACUUUGUGCCAAUGGAAAUAGAAAUACCACUGCAAGAUGGUACCAAGGGUGUCACAAAAAGUGGAGAAAAUGUUCUGAGAAUAACAAAAUUAUUUGCUAAGCUAAGCAAGUUACUUAAAAUCAGUCCCAAUUGUCAACCUCAGUCUGGUGAGCAGCAUUACACAGUUGAAGAUCACCGUAACAUUCUUUAUCCCGGUUGCAUGGUGGAAGAAUCUGAUGGUGUUGACUGCACUAGUGAGCCAGAUACCACAAGGACAGUGAGCACCCAGAGUGUUGUUUUCUUGUGGGGCUUUAGGGAGACAUCUGCAGAAGAGCUGAGAUCCCGCCUUGCAAGAUUGCAUCAUGUCUUCUCAAAGGAUUUUGAUCUAAGAUUGUUGGAUAAGACAUGCUCAGCUCUGAUAUUUCGUAGUUCUGAUACUGCAAGUGAAUUGCUAAGAGACAUAAGCUUGGAGAGUCCCUCACUAAAUAAUUUCUUCUCAGAAGGUCUGAAAGCUGCAGGUUUUGAUGUCUACAGGAAGGCUUGCAGUUCAGGGCUUUGGGAUUCAGCUUUAGCUGAGGCCCUGGAGAGCGCUUCAUUGGAGCCAGCUACUUCAACAAUUUCUGAGCAUGGUAGCUCUGAGAUAUACUGGAAUAGUUCAUUGAAGCUGGAUCUAAAGGAGUAUCUGGAAUGCUAGAACGUCAUGUAGCCUUCUGCUCAGGUCCCUUUUAGACACAUCGUAUGCUGACCCGGGACAGGCCAAUCCGCUAAAUCCAAGUCCCCGCCUGCCCAGCGAUCCUGGCGCACCCGGCAUACCCAAGCCGUAAAAUGCCGACUCAACGCACAAUGAGUGCCCCCUCCAUAGCGAUCAUCUCAACGCAAUGGCCAUAAACGGAGUACCCCGACACGGAAACUAGACGGUCUCACUGCAGCCCACACUCUCUGGGCUGUCGAGCUUAGGAGUUUACUCUUCAUGAGAGUAGCCAUUAUCGUCGCUCAGGUCCAGUACACUUCUUCAUCUAGAGUCAAUAUCGUCGCUCCCGACUGGAAUGGAUGUUCUUUUUUUUUUUUGAUAGAGAACUCCCUCUCCGAUUUCUAUUAACAGAAACCAGAGUGUCUUAUAAACCACCAGGAACUAAAGCGAAACUGCCAUACAUAACAGCAGCAAAAGACAUGAUGCGCAAACCCACAUGGUGCAGAACUGGGCUAUCCCCAUCUGCCCAUCAGGAUUGCAGGGAACUGGGACUAC